AUGGCCAUCAGCGACGACCCCGCCCAGCUCGAGUAUGCCGACCUGCAAGAGUUGCUGAAGGGCGAUAUCGCCGUCAAGGUCGCCGGCGUAGACAUUGACGGCCAGUGUCGCGGCAAACUCAUGUCCAAGAAGAAGUUCUUCUCCAUUGCGAAGUCUGGCUUCGGCUUCUGCUCGGUGAUAUUUGGCUGGGACAUGCACGACCAGACUUACUUCAGGGAAUUAAAGAUCAGCAACGCAGAGAACGGUUACAGAGACAUCACGGCAGAGAUAGAUCUGAGCAGCUUCAGACGCAUUCCGUGGGAGAAUAAUGUUCCCUUCUUCUUAUGCAGCUUCCGUCAGCCCGAGGGUGGCAGCUUGAGCGCAUGCCCGCGAAGCUUGCUGGAGAGGGCCGUAGAGAAGAUAGACAAGAAGGGCAUGGGCGCAUUGGCAGGAGGUUAGUGUUUUCAAGAUCGUCAGGCGAACUGAUGAAUCCGAUGGGUUGCUUGUUCAGAGGUCCUCGCAACGACAAAACAGCUAACAUGCACUCCCAUCUCUUCAGCCGAGUACGAGUUCUUCACCUUCCGGGCGCCCUCAAACACCCAUCCAGCACCGAGCUCAAACGAACGCAACUCUAGCGCGACAGCGACUUUUCUACAGAACAACCCCGCGCAUCAGCUUCCCAGCUUGGAAGAGGGCAUGUUCGGCUAUUCUCUCACAAGGCCCACACAUAAUCAGGAAUGGUACUAUGGCAUAUAUGAUGCGUGCAGCAAGUUCAGAUGUGAUAUUGAAGGCUGGCAUACCGAGAGUGGACCUGGCGUCUACGAAGCUGCGCUGGAGUACGGAGAGAUCAGAGCGAUGGCUGAUAGGGCUGCUCUAUUCAAACUCACCGUAAAGAACAUCAGUUCGCAGUAUGGUAUCACACCUUGCUUCAUGGCAAAGCCCCGGGAAGGCUUGCCGGGCAACAGUGGCCACAUGCACGUCUCUCUCAAGGACAACAAGACCGGUGCGAACCUGUUCGUUCGCGAGAAGGCUGAUCCCAACCCUCCCUUCGAAGGCCUCGAGCAUGUCUCCGACAUUGGCCGAUACUUCCUGGCUGGACUCCUUGACGGCUUACCAGACAUCAUGCCGCUUGUGGCUCCGACUGUAAAUAGCUAUAAGCGCCUGGUGGAGAACUUCUGGGCACCAGUGACAGUCUCAUGGGGGUUGGAACAUCGAGCAGCGUCCAUCAGACUGAUCGCGCCGCCAACCUCACCUCCAAAAGGGACAAGGUUCGAGAUUCGCGUUCCAGGUGCCGACACAAAUGCGUACCUUGUCCUCGCUGCAAUUCUAGCACUUGGCUAUAGAGGUGUGGAGAAGAAGAUGCCGCUCAAUAUACCACCUCUUGGAAAGGGACAAGACGUCGGAGGUGCCGAUGAUAAAGGUCAACGACUGGCAAAGAGCCUCAAGGACGCUACCGCGCAGUUCGCCCGGAAAGACAGCGUUGCACGUGAAGUAUUCGGCGACGAUUUUGUUGAUCAUUAUGCCGGAACAAGGGAGCACGAGGUUAGACUAUGGGAUGAAGCAGUGACCGAUUGGGAGGUGAAGAGGUACAUUGAGACAGUAUAG